CAUGAUUUAAAUUCCUUAUGCUAAGCAUCACUAAUCAUAAAUAUAAUUAGCUGAAAGCCAAAUCACAAAUCUUGAUAAAAACAUCAUUAAAGUGUUGCAAUUAUUCUCUAUAAUUGGAUAGUUGGAAAUGGAUAUAGAAAAUAUUAGUAAUACAUAAUAUUAAAGAAAGGACUUGAAUUAUCAGAGAAUUCUCACUUUUACCCUGAAGCCUUAUUUUAAUAUUUAAAAUUAUACCUAUAACCAAUAAAGUCAGAACCUAUGCAAGAAAAAUAAUAAUUUUUUAAUUUUACUGUAUUUAUGAAAACAUAAAUAGGAUCUCAAAAUAUAAGCUCCAUUAGUAAUAAAUAUAAUAAAUAGUGCAAAGGAUGGGAUAAUAAAAUUUGAAAAUAUCAUAGAAUUUAUGAAGGAUAAUAAUUAAGUAUCUCCUAGUGUAGAUAGUCUUAGGGCAAUAGAGAGAAUAUUUCACAUAAAUUAAUUUGGUUUUUAAAAGGAUAAUGUUUUAGACACAUUUAAUAAUGAAUAUCCAUUGCCUUAGGAUGUAAUUCCAAUUUCCUAAAUUCCAUUAAAUUAAAUUUAAGGUACAUCUAAAGUACCAUUACAAUAAAAAGAAAGUAUUGAAAAAGUGAAUUCUGGAGAUGGAUUUAAUUAUGCAACAUUUCAAAAGAUGUUACUUUCAAAAUCAAUACCUUAAGCAAGUUAAAAGGCAUAAAAAAGGAAAUUAAUUUAUGAAACUAAUUAAAGAUAACAUGUAGAUAAUAGUAUUUUAAAGUUAUUUAUAAAUCUAUUCUAAAAUGAGAUAAUAUUAAUUGAAAAAUCUGAAUAAAUUAGAUUAGUAUUAAAUACCGAUUGUUCAUAUAAUCAUGUUACAAUGUUUAAUAUUUUUGAUUCAUAAGGAAAUGGUGAGAUUGAAUAUCGUUUUAUAGAAUAAUUGAUGAAUAAAGCAUAAAUACCAUUUAAACCAUUUCAUUUUAAAUCUUUAAUUAGAAGAGCUAAUAUUUUAUCUAAAAAUGCAUCAGUAUCUGAAACUUUGAAUUUUGAAGGUUAUCGACUCAUAGCAACAGUUUAAUGUCCUUAUUUCAAAAUACCAAAACAAGAGGAUGAAAAAACUUAACCAUAACAUUAAUAUUCCAGAAUAUUAGGAGCAGAAGUUAAUGGAUAAAAUUCAUAAUAAUUAUCUAUUUCUCGAAUUCCAGAGAAAAUAAGAAAUAAUUCUCAAAAUUAUAGAUCAACUCCUUUAUUAUCGACAUAUAAUAGUAGUAGUCCAUAUGUUAAUGAGACUUUGAAAAAGUAAAGUAAAAUAACAAUUAAUAAUAACAAUUAAAAUGAUGCAAUUUAUCAAGAUAAUGUAAGAAUUAUAUAAAUAUUUAGAUUGUAUAUGGAACAAAAAAAGAAUGGGAUGAAUUACAACAUUCUUUAUGUUAGAAUAAUUUGAUUGAUUCCAGAUCAUUAAAAUCUUAAAUAUUAAGAAUUUAGAAUCCUGAAUUAUCUAUUAAUAAUUAAAAAAUAAAUAGUCGAAAUAAUACACCAAGAGAAAAUAAAAGUUAAAUAGAAUUAAUCUAAUAAUAAGCAUUAGUGGAGAAUGUUGAGAAAAUGAGGGAAAUAGAUAUAUCUAAAUAACUAUAAUAUGCAAUGGGUGCAAAUACAAAAGGUUUAUAUACAAACUUUGUUAAAAUUGAAAGAGAUAAUAAAAUGAAAGAGGAUCUUCAUUCAUUCUAUAAUUAAGCACCUUGGUAUUAAACAGAUAAUAAAAUAUCAAAAAAUAUUGAUAUUAUAAAAUUAUAAUAAAAUCAAAUUUAGAAAGUUUCAGGAGUUUAACAACAUUAAAAUAUUCAUUAGAUUUAAUAAUAAAAUGUAAAUAAUAUAAAUUAAAAAAAUGAAAUGGUUAAUAACAAUUAAUAAUAAAUUAUUGAUGAAUAAUAAUAAUAAUCAAGAAUCUAAUAAAAUCAAUAAAAUAUUUAAUAAGUAAAUAAAUUGUCACCAGUAUCACCAAGAAUAUUUUCAACUCAAAAAUUAAAUCCUCUUAUUUGUAAUGAUAAUUAGCAAAUAAUUAUGGAUUAUAAUUAUGAUAUUCCAAAGAGAGCAUUUAAUUAUUAAAAUUGA